AAUACAACAAUCAGUUGUGUUGCCUAAUGAAGUGCAUAGUGAUUUUAACUAGUUUUUAACGGUGUUUGCUUUUUUUGUUUCAGACCACAAAUUAUGAUGAUUUCAUACUCACUAUUUAUUUAUUGUCAUUUUAUGCAGUUCUCAAGUGCCUUUGACCAACCCAGCGGCUCGUUAAUUCUACCAAUCAGAGAGCUGCUUUCAAAAGCAGAUCUACUGAUGGACCAAUGGCUGGAUCUGGAUGGAGCUUUACCACAGAGCCAGGUUCUCCUCAGGGCACAGCUGAAGAUUUUGGAUUCACAAAUGGCGGCCUUAGUAGCCAUGGGUUCAGGUCCAGUUUUGAGUAAUAAGCAGAUGGCCACCACUGGACAGAUCAAAAUCUCCCUGUCCUUCCAGAAACAGCUCACAGUGACCGUCCAUGCAUGCAGGGGUCUGGUUACAUCAUCGAAGGACAGUUUAGACACCUACGUCUCCCUCAUUCUGCUGCCGGAUAAAAGCAAGGCCACGAAAAGAAAGACGAGUGUGAAGAAAAGCCUGAACCCAGAGUUCAAUGAAAGGUUUGAGUUUGAGAUGAGUGCAGAGGAGGCUCAGAGACGAGAGCUCAGCGUUUGUGUGAAAAAUGCAUCUUCGUCCUUCAUGAAUCGAGACAAAGAUGUGGUCGGCCAGGUGCAGAUAGACCUGGGACACGUUGACUUUCUCUCCGGAGUCACAGAAUGGUUUGAUCUGAAAGAAGAGCAGAACUAACUGAACCCUGAGCACUUCACAGUCAAUCUUAAACCUCUUCCUGAAGGUCAUCAGGUCAACACCGCUGCCAAUGCUUCCCUGCCGUCUAUUUCCGCAACUUCACCAACCACACUUCGUAUCAACAGAUGAGUUCUGAGUGACAAAUUCAUAUGAAGAAAAUGAAUGAUCCUUGUGAUUUGAACAUAUCAUUGUUGCAUUGACAAAUCAAGAUUAGAGUAUUAUAUCAGAACUGAUGUAUAAAUCGGUGAAAGCUGUAUGUCAGUAUCAGAGAAGUGAACGUUGUUCAGGAAAGGGUCUCGUAUUCCUGUGCAGGUUGCAGGACGUUACAUUUGCGUUUACAUUUAGAAGGAAAGGGAUGUUUUAAAAUGGGUUUCAUGUGUCAUUUUAAGAAUAUAAUUGACAGAACUUUUAUUUAGACAGCCUGUAAGAAUGUCUACACAUCACCCUUAAAAAUAUUUAAGAUGACUUUUAUGGUGUUAUUCUUCCAGAUCUCCCACUAUAGUGUUGCAAAUAGCUGCUGUUUACACAUCGAUGUGGCUUGUGUAGCUUCUGCAGUCCAAUAUCCAUACACUUUUUUUGUUAUUUUUGUCAAAAUAUGUUAUUGAAGCUUGUUAUAUUUUUUUAGUUAUUUUCUGUUCAUUUUUAUGAUUCUCAUUUUCGGUCAUUUACUGCCUGUCUGUACAUGGGGUUCCCAUGGAUAUGAAAAACCUUUAAAAUAUUCUGGAACAUAAAAUAUUAACGUCAUGGACAUUUAUACACAGAGUUUAAAUUUCUGGUUCUGAGUUAAUUUAAAACCAUGCUGGCUACAGUGUUAAGGCUACGUUCACACAGCAGGGCUUAAUGCUGAAUUCCGAUUUUUUUGCCAGGCCGUUCUGUGAUCUGAACGUGAA